CUCUCUCUCUCUCUCUCACCUUUGGCAAAGGAGCAAGAAGCGGACUGAAGUCAUUUGCUUUUAUAUCAAGAAGAAAAAGAAGAAAGCCAAGAGAGAGAGAGAGAGAGAGAGAGAAAGAGAGCUGGUAAUAAUCUCUGAUCAAGCCAUACCAUCUCUCUAGGAAACAGCACCCUAUUCCUUCUUAUAUGCUAUCCUUUUGUUCUUCUUGAAUCUCUUCCAAUUCUAUUAGUCCAGCUGCUGAAAGAUACAUACACAGAGAGAGAGAGAGAGAGAGAGAGAGAGAGAGAGAGAGAGAAAGGAGGAGGCAAAGAAUGUUCCAUUCCAAGAAGCCAACAACUAUGAAUAAUUCACAUGAAAGGCCUAUGUGUGUGCAAGGUGACUCUGGUCUUGUCCUCACCACUGAUCCUAAACCUCGACUUCGAUGGACCGUCGAGCUUCAUGAUCGGUUUGUCGAUGCUGUUACUCAGCUUGGAGGCCCUGACAAGGCAACUCCAAAGACUAUCAUGAGGGUUAUGGGUGUUAAAGGUCUUACUCUUUAUCAUCUCAAGAGCCAUCUUCAGAAAUUUAGGCUUGGUAAACAACCACACAAGGAAUUUAAUGAAAUUCAAAUCAAAGAAGAUAUGCAAAGAAAUGCAGCAUCAUCUUCCGGUAUGAUGCCUCGUAAUAUGAAUAAGAAUGUUCAUAUUACAGAAGCAAUCAGGAUGCAGAUGGAAGUUCAGAGAAGAUUGCAUGAACAAUUAGAGGUACAGAAACAUCUUCAAAUGAGGAUUGAAGCUCAAGGGAAGUACAUGCAGAGUAUAUUAGAGAAAGCAUGCCAAACAAUCACAGUUGAUAACUUGGCCACUUUGGGAAACAUGAAAGACAUGAACUCUCAAAUGAGCUUCCCUUGUCUUCAAGAUCUUCACAUAUACGGCAGCAAUGGUGGCGAUCAAAUCGACAUGCAAAAGCACUUGGAAAGAUCAUCUCUUGAUGGAUUUCUUCAUAACGAUGACAAUUCUUGUGAUCUAGGCAAGAAGAUCCAACCCUAUGGUUCUAAUGGAAAAAACCCGAUGAUAUGGACUGAUGAUUUACUUCGGUUUCAAGAUCAAAUGGGGUCCCAAGAAGAACCAUCCAAGAGUAGUGGUCAUCUUCAAAUUGCACCGUCUUUGAUCGGCGCCACUGGUAUUGACAUUGAUUCAAUGCCUAAUGUGUAUGAGAGUAAGCCGAUGAUCUCUACCGACAGUGGUGGGGAAAACAAACGGCAUGGUCGCUCAUCGAUUGAAAGACCAUCUCCCCGACGAUCUCCUCUUGAUGGUGAAAGAAUUAACUCAAUGAUCAGAGGAGGGACAUCACCUCAAACAAGAAAUUUAUCUUAUGGUUGGUUGGUGCACCAAGUUAGUUACUCUCAUCAUUACAAAGCUCAAACAUGCAGAUCUAACAACAUAAAGGAAAAACACAUACACACAAAAGAAAGAAACAUUAGCCUCAAUGGAGACUCUUCUUUUGCGUAAUAAGAGAGGUAAAGUUAGUCACUUGCUUCUUUUCUCUUUAUCAUGCUCAGUCUAUAUAUAUUAAUCUAAUGCCAUGCUAAAUCUCUCUCUCUCAAUACCUUUAUAUAUAUAUAUAUAUAUAUACCUGCAUGACUUUCUCUUUAUCAUACUGAGGCUAGAUACAUUAAUUUAAUGGCAUGUUAAUGAAAGAGAAGGGAGAGAAAGCUUUAUUGGUGUCAGGAAAAUUUGAAAGGAAGAAGGAAGGGUGCAAGUUGGCAAGAGAAAGAAUGGUGAGCACUUCCAUGAGUGUGGUUCUCAAGGAAGCUUCUCUUAACUUUGAGCUUUGAAGGUGUCUGUGGGGACUAUUUGCUGUCAUACAGAGAAAAGCAAUACA